GGGUCAUUAUACGCUGCAGGACUGUGGACAAUUAGAUACAUAAUUUAUCAUUACUAGAUGUAAACAAAAUUGAAAAUAGUUGCAACUCUACGAGACGGCGUCGAGUAAGUGCGACAAAAAAUUAUGUCUAUUUAGUGCACAGUGCACGGACUACGAUCGAGUGAUGAUUGAAAAUAAAGGGUGAUGUGCAAGACGUUGGGUUGUCAUUAUGGACACCGAGUCUAUAAGGUCCAUGAGUGAGUACAGUUCCAAAUCCAAAUACAAAAGUCACUCACUAAAAUCUGGUACUAAUCAUAGAUCUAACAGUUAUAAAAACAACACUCGGACUGCUCGCAAAUAUUCUGAUAGCCUAAAUAAUCCGUACGAAACAGCUAUGGCACCGUACCAAACUACUGUGAUGUUAGACGAUACAAGAGAUGGACAAGAUGUUGUUGAAGUGCAAAUAUUACCUCAAGAUGAAAAUUGGGGUGAAAACACUACAGCGAUUACUGGUAACACUUCAGUGCAAUCUGGAUCGAUGGAAGAAAUGGGAGCCCUAUGGCCAGACACUGAGCAAAAAAGUGCUUUUCCAAUAUUGUGCCAUCGUUAUAUAGCUACUACAUUGACUGGACUUUUGUCUCUAGUCGCUUUUCUUAGCCCAUUAGCUAUGCUAGUUUUACCAAAAUUAGGUGUUUUUAGUCCUGCAGCUACAAAUCUUAGCCCUCAACAAAGAGAAACCCUAUUAAAUUGUGGCGCAGAAUGUAAAGGAGUGUUAGUUUCACUUGCAUUCAAAAUGUUUUUGUUAGCUGUGGCAUCAUGGGCAAUUUUCCUACGUCCCAUGAAAGCAACUAUGCCUCGUAUUCAUGUUUUUAGAGCAAUUGUCUUAGCAUUAGUAUCAAUUUGCUGUGGAAUUUUUUGGCUUUUCUAUGUAGUUCAAGUCACGGAGGGAGUACGAGCCACAGCUACAGGUGAAGAUUUGCUCGAGUAUCGUGCCUUGGUAUCCUAUUCGUCUUCCCUGUGUGAUUGUCUACUUUGUAUUCAUUAUGUUGCCAUAGUGCUCAUGGAAAUAAGACAUCUUCAGCCAGCUUUUUACAUCAAGGUUGUUAGGAGUCCUGAUGGUGAAAGCCGAUCAUAUCCUAUUGGUCAGUUAAGCAUUCAGCGAGCUGCUGUUUGGGUGCUUGAACGAUAUUAUACUGAAUUUUCCAUAUACAAUCCAUACUUAGAGCGUUUACCAGUUUCAAAGUCUAAAAAGAAUGCUUCCAGCUUUAAAUUUUAUGAUAUUGAGGGUAUUGGAAGUAACACACUCCAAAUGAGUCAAUCCAGAGGUACAAUGAAUGGUCAUGCUAGACGUCGUGACUCAAGUCAUAACGAACGAUUCUAUGAAGAACAUGACUAUGAGCGACGAGUAAAAAAGCGAAGAGCUAGGCUCUUAACAGCUGCCGAAGAAGCAUUCACCCAUGUUAAACGAUCUCAUCAUGAUCCUGGAGGUGGUUCUGCCAUGGAUCCAUAUGAAGCUGCUCAAGCCGUUUUUCCAACAAUUGCACGAUCUCUUCAAAAGUAUUUAAGAGUAACCAGGCAACAGCCGAGGCAUACUGUAGAAACCAUUUUGUCUCACCUAGCUUUAUGUUUAACUCAUGAUGCUUCACCAAAAGCAUUUUUGGAACCUUACUUAAGUGCAGCUCCUGUGUUACAAAAUGAGAAAGAACAAAAAUCACUUCAAUCCUGGUCAUUAAUUUGUAAUGAACUAUUGACCCGAGCACUCAAAGAUGGAACUGUGUUUCAACUACGCCAAAACGAUAUUUCACUUCUGUGUACAGUACAUAAGCUUCCCCAUUUCAGUAUUACUGAGGAAGUUAUCAAUCCAAAAUCAAAUAGAUUUGUUCUGAAGUUGAACUCUGAAACUUCUGUCUAAAUGUAUUAUUAUUUUCAAUAUGUAACUAUUAGUGACUUGACAGACCAAGAUCUUAUGUAUUUUCUAGUCUUCAAAUUUAAUUAAGUAAAAACUACUUAAUUUUUUAACAGUAUUCGGAGGUAUGUCUUAAAAAUAAGUGUACUAAUUUUUUUUUUUUAUAAAUGUAGAACAUAUUUAUAUAAAAUAAUAAGUUAUUUCAUAAAUGUGUGACUCUUUGGGGGUAGUUCCAUCUCUAAGAAUUUAAUUUUUGGGUAAAAACUCAUAAAUCAAGUCAAUAGGGGCAUAGUCAAAGUAGAAGUAUCCCUUCAAUAUCGCUUCAAAAACUUGGUAGUAAGUCCAUAAGCUGCUAUUAAAUUUUCAAACUUUUCAUAAUAUGCAGAUUUUUAAAUUUCACACAACAUUUUAUUGGGUAUUGUAGUACAAUAUUUCCGCACCGAUCAUGACGUGAUAUUUGCAUUCAUUUAUAUAGAUCGAUGACAUUCAUAUGCACAACACAUUUAGUGCACUUACUUUUGGGUCAUACCUCAUAUAUAACUAUUAUAGUAUUAAUGUGUUUUUUUAGAAGACUUCUUAUUAUCUGCUUAUUUUCAACAACUGACAUCAUUUAAUUUAUUAGUUAUCUAUCCUAUAUAUAUAUAAUUGAAUAUUAUCCUAUUGCAAAAUAACAGAUUGAUCUGCACUUUUCUCCUUGAUCUUGAUAAAUUAAUAAAAAUGACAUAAUUUAAUCUAGAUUUUCUUCCAUACUAUUUUAUUACAACCACAUAAUUUUUUAAAUAAAAUUACCAUUUUUUAAAUUGUAUAAAAACAUUUUUUUAUUAUUUCAAAAAGACUGUUAAAUAAAAGUAAAUUAUUUUUUCUAUUGAAAUACCAAUUGUAAUAUUUUAAAGCUCAAUUCAUCGGGGCCAUAUACCUAUUUUUUUUAUUACAAUAACAAUAUUGCCAUAAUGGUCCAAACUUUUAUUCCUUGCAAUGUGUCAAGAUAUUUUUAUCACAGUUUUAUGUUCAGUAUUAUUUUAUCUUAAAUUUUAUUACUAUUAUGUUUUAUACAUUGAAGUUAUGUAACUAAUUUAAAUUAGUUAUUUUUUUUUGUUUAUUAACUUUAUAUUUUAAAUUUAUAUUAUUUAUAUUAUUUUACUAGAGAUAAAAAUAUAUUAUUGUAUUUAAUUAGCCUACAUUUAGUACCUGUUUUAUAAAAUGAUUGUGGUACUCAAUAUUGUUUUUGGGCUGAAUGGGUCUCUAUACGCACAAAAAAUAUUCUAAAUUUAUUGAUAAGAUUAUUUUUACUCAAUGUAUGAAUUGUAAACCUAGUUAACUAAUGACAUUAUAAUAAAUACAUUUUUGUAGUGCAAUUUUUUUAUGAAUAUAUCAACAUUUGUUUUAUACCAAAUUAUAUUUUAGUUUUAAUUAUUAAGUCCCAAAUGUAAUGUAUGUGACAAUUAUGAACUAAAUAAAAACAUAUUAAUCUAACAUUAUAAAAUGUUAAUAU